CGACACCGCCCGGGAAGCUGCGCGAGGCUGGGCGGCCCCCGCCACAUCCUCCUCCUCCUUCUGGUCCAAGCCGGCGGAGCCGGGCCAGGGCCGAACCGAGGGCUCCGAGGGCGCGGGCGGAGCGGGGCACGGAGCCAUGGCGCACCAGACGGGCAUCCACGCCACGGAGGAGCUGAAGGAAUUCUUUGCCAAGGCACGGGCUGGCUCUGUCCGGCUCAUCAAAGUCGUCAUUGAGGACGAGCAGCUCGUGCUGGGUGCCUCGCGGGAGCCGGUGAGCAGCUGGGACCAGGACUAUGACAGGGCCGUGCUGCCACUGCUGGAUGCCCAGCAGCCCUGCUACCUGCUGUACCGCCUGGAUUCCAAGAAUGCCCAGGGCUUUGAGUGGCUCUUCCUCGCCUGGUCGCCUGAUAAUUCCCCAGUGCGGCUGAAGAUGCUGUACGCAGCCACACGGGCCACGGUGAAGAAGGAGUUUGGGGGCGGCCACGUCAAGGACGAGCUCUUCGGAACUGUGAAGGACGACCUCUCCUUUGCCGGGUACCAGAAGCACCUGUCAUCCUGCGCAGCACCCGCCCCGCUGACCUCGGCCGAGAGAGAGCUGCAGCAGAUCCGUAUCAAUGAGGUGAAGACAGAGAUCAGUGUGGAGAGCAAGCACCAGACGCUGCAGGGCCUUGCCUUCCCCCUGCAGCCCGAGGCCCAGCGGGCACUUCAGCAGCUCAAGCAGAAGACGGUCAACUACAUCCAGCUGAAGCUAGACCUGGAGCGGGAGACGAUCGAGCUGGUGCACACAGAGCCCACAGACGUGGCUCAGCUGCCCUCACGGGUGCCCCGAGAAGCCGCCCGCUACCACUUCUUCCUCUACAAGCACACACACGAGGGCGACCCCCUCGAGUCUGUGGUGUUCAUCUACUCGAUGCCGGGCUACAAGUGCAGCAUCAAGGAGCGCAUGCUCUACUCCAGUUGUAAGAGCCGCCUCCUUGACUCUGUGGAGCAAGACUUCCAGCUGGAGAUCUCCAAGAAGGGCCCCUGCCGCGGUGCCCUGCUCCCCCGGUCUCUCCUGGUGCAGGCCGCCAUGCUGGCCGCGGCCCUGGCCCAGGGCACCCUGCCUGCCUUCCUGCCCUGUGAGCUUCAGGCCCCCGGCCAGGUCAACUGCGAAUGGCUGUUCUUGAAGUCUGUGCCCCACUUCUCGGCGACUGCACCCCGUGGCAACAUCACCAGCCUGUCCCUGCGCUCCAAUCGCAUCCACCAUUUGCACAACUCUGACUUUGUCCACCUGUCCAGCCUGCAGCAUCUCGACCUCAAGUGGAACUGCCCACCGAGCACCCUCAGCGCCAUGCACUGGAGCUGCCACAUGACCAUCGAGCCCCACACCUUUCUGGCCGUGCCCACCCUGAAGGAGCUGAACCUGAGCUACAAUAACAUCACAGCCGUGCCCGCCCUGCCCAGAUCCCUCAUGUACUUGUCCCUGAGCCGUACCAACAUCCUGGAGUUGGAUCCUACCACCUUCCAGGGCCUGCAUGCCCUGAGACACCUGUACAUGGAUGGCAACUGCUACUAUAAGAACCCCUGCGGCCGGGUCCCACGAGUGGCCCCGGGCGCCCUCCUUGGCCUGGGCAACCUCACCCAUCUGUCACUCAAGUACAACAACCUUACGGGGGUGCCCCGCAGCCUGCCCCCCAGCCUGGAGAACCUGCUGUUGUCCUACAACCGCAUCGUGUCCCUGGGGCCCGAGGACCUGGCCAAUCUCACAGCCCUGCGUGUGCUUGAUGUGGGAGGGAACUGCCGCCGCUGCGACCAUGCCCGCAACCCCUGCAUCGAGUGCCCGAGGGGCUUCCCGAAGCUGCAUCGAGACACCUUCAGCCACCUGAACCACCUGGAAGGCCUGGUGUUGAAGGACAGUUCUCUCCACAACCUGGACAGCUACUGGUUCCGGGGUCUGGGCAACCUCUCGGUGCUGGACCUGAGCGAGAACUUCCUGUAUGACUGUAUCACCCGUACCACCGCCUUCAAGAGCCUGACCCAGCUGCGCAAACUCAACCUGUCCUUCAACUACCACAAGGGGGUGUCCUACGCCCACCUGUCGCUGGCACCCUCCUUCGGGAGCCUGCACUCCCUGCGGGAGCUCAACAUGAACGGUAUCUUCUUCCGCUCGCUGAACGAGAACACGCUCUGGCCGCUGAUGGGCCUGCCUGAGCUCCAAAACCUGAGUCUCCAGAUGAACUUCAUCAACCAGGCCCAGCUCAGCAUCUUCGGGGCAUUCCCCAGGCUGUGCCGUGUGGACCUGUCCAAUAACCGCAUCAGCGGGGCCCCAGCCGGGCUGGCGGCCGCCACUGGGGAGACCGCUGCUGGGAAGCUGGGCCGGCUGCCAUCCAGGCGCCUUGCUGCCGCCUCCCUGGAUGCCCCCAGCUCUGAUGACUUCAUGCCAAGCUGCAAGACCCCCAAGUUCACCUUGGACCUGUCUCGGAACAACCUGAUGACAAUCCGGCCACAGAUGUUCACCGGGCUCUCGCGCCUCCAGUGCCUGCAUUUGAGUCACAACAGCAUCUCGCAGGCGGUCAAUGGCUCAGAGUUCAUGCCACUGACCAGCCUGCAGGUGCUGGACCUAUCCCACAACAAGCUGGACUUGUACCACGGGCGCUCAUUCACGGAGCUGCCGCAGCUGCAGGCCCUGGACCUCAGCUACAACAGCCAGCCUUUCAGCAUGCAGGGCGUGGGCCACAACCUCAGCUUCGUGGCCCAACUGCCCUCCCUGCGCUACCUCAGCCUGGCACACAAUGGCAUCCACAGCCGUGUGUCCCAGAAGCUCUGCAGCACCUCACUGCGGGCCCUGGACUUCAGCGGCAAUGACCUGAGCCGCAUGUGGAACGAGGGGGACCUCUACCUCCACUUCUUCCAAGAUCUGAGAAACCUGGUCCGCCUGGACCUGUCCCAGAACCACCUGCAUGCCCUCCUGCCACACAGUCUAGACAAACUCCCCAAGAGCCUGCAAAUGCUGCGUCUCCGUGACAAUUACCUGGCCUUCUUCAACUGGAGCAGCCUGACCCUCCUGCCCAAGCUGGAAGUCCUGGAUUUGGCAGGAAACCUGCUGAAGGCCCUGACCAACGGCAGCCUCCCUGUUGGCACCAGGCUCCAGAGGCUGGACGUCAGUGGCAACAGUAUCAACUUUGUGGCCUCUGGCUUCUUUGCUCAGGCCACGAAGCUGCGAGAGCUCAACCUCAGCGCCAAUGCCCUCAAGACGGUGGAGCCCUCUUGGUUUGGCGCCCAAGUGGCCACCCUGAAAGUCCUAGAUGUGAGCGCCAACCCUCUGCACUGUGCUUGUGGGGAGGCUUUCGUGGACUUCCUGCUGGAGGUGCAGGACGCCGUGCCUGGGCUGUCCAGCCAGGUCAAGUGUGGCAGUCCAGGCCAGCUCCUGGGCCACAGCAUCUUCGCACAGGACCUGCGCCUCUGUCUGGACGACGCCCUCUCCUGGGUCUGUUUCAGCAUCUCGCUGGUGGCUCUGGCCCUGGGCCUGGCAGUGCCCAUGCUGCACCACCUCUGCGGCUGGGACCUCUGGUACUGCUUCCACCUGGGCCUGACCUGGCUGCCCCGCUGGGGGCACCGGCGGGGUGCAGACGCCCUGUCCUAUGAUGCCUUCGUGGUCUUCAACAAGGAGCAGGGCGCGGUGGCCGAUUGGGUGUACAACGAGCUGCGAGUGCGGCUGGAGGAGCGACGUGGGCGCCGGGCACUCCGCCUGUGUCUGGAGGAGCGGGACUGGCUACCUGGCAAGACGCUCUUCGAGAACCUGUGGGACUCAGUCUACAGCAGCCGCAAGACGCUGUUUGUGCUGGCCCACACGGACCGGGUCAGCGGUCUCUUGCGUGCCAGCUUCCUGCUGGCCCAACAGCGCCUGCUGGAGGACCGAAAGGACGUCGUGGUGCUAGUGAUCCUGAGCCCCGACGCCCACCGCUCCCGCUACGUGCGGCUGCGCCAGCGCCUCUGCCGCCAGAGCGUCCUCCUCUGGCCCCAACAGCCCAGCGGCCAGGGCAGCUUCUGGGCCCAGCUGGGCACCGCCCUGACCAGGGACAACCACCACUUCUAUAACCAGAACUUCUGCCGCGGCCCCACGACGGCUGAAUAGCACCCUCCGGCCGCCCGGCACACACACAACCCCGCCCCCACCUC